GGAGAGGAGGCUUGACAGCUCAUUAGAAUGUGAGCCCUCCUCCUUUUUUUUUUUUUUUUUUUCCUUCUUUCCCUUUUUUUUUUUUUUUUCCUCCUUUUCUUGAAGUUGAUGGAAACUCACUCGGGAAAGGAGCCCUUGAAGCAGAAGCCGGGGAGGGUUUUGCCAGUGUGGAAAGGAGCAGCCAGAGGAGUCAGAGCCUCGGAGGGACCUGGAAUUCUGCCUGGAGCCAGGGGAGAGGAGGAUCGGGAUGCAAAAUCCACGAGGUUCUGCACCCUGACAGCCGCAGCUUCGGGAUUUGCUGCUCAUCCUUAGGGAAAAGCGAGGACAAAGCUGAAGAGGAAGGAAAAAACUUGGGAAAACUUCACCUGCUCCUCAUGCACUUCGGGCCACCCUCAGAGGUUUUGCUUCCCCCUGCUUGAACUUUUGGGAUGUGAGGGAUUUGUUUUCUCCUUACAAGGCUGAGCUGGGAUGCUCCCAAUUCCUUGGAUUACAAUUCCCCAGCAUCCCGAAAGGGAAGGAUGAGGACUUGUCCCUGAAGCAGCAUCAUUCCAGAGGGAAUGGAUGGGAUGAAUUCCAGCCUGCUCUGAAGGGGAAAUCUCCCGGUGAAGAGGGAGCAGCAGAGCCCGCGAUGAGCUGGGGCUGGCAGCCCUGCCCUGAGCACUUCUCCAGCUUUUAGGGCUGAGUGCCUUUAAAACCGGGUUUAAACCCGAUUUUGGGGGGGCACAGGGGGCAGAGUAAAACCAGUUUCAAGCUCGAUUUAGGGGGGCAGAGUAAAACCCGUCUCCAGCCCGAUUUGGGGGGCAGAGGGGGCAGUGUAAAACCAGUUUUAAGCCCGAUUUAGGGGGGCAGAGCAGCCCUUCAAGGUGGGUGGCAGGACUUUGCAGGGCCUCUCGUAUUUAUGUAAAGCUUCCAGAGGCUGCAUGGACUUACCUCCUUCUCCGAGGGGAUCCAGGAUUCCAAACAACUUCAUCUCCACCUUUUCCAUGGCUCCUGCUUGAGCAGAGCCCCCUGAGCCACCAGCACAUCCCAGAGGAGCUGCUCGGAUCCUGACCUAGUUAAUUUUGAUUUUUUUUUUGGAGACAAAUCUGGGUUUUUUUCUUGAUGCUGGAGGAUUUUUGUGCCUGGCUGCUUGGAUCCUUCUGAGCUGGUUAAUUUUGAUUUCUUUUUUUUUUUUUUUUUUUUUUUUUUUUGGAGACCAAUCUGAUUUUCUUCUUGGUGCUGGAGGAUUUUUGUGGCUGGCCCCUCCCUUCCCAAAAUGAAGGGGUGCACCUGGCUGCUGGUGGCCACCCUGCUCUGUCAGCAGCUCUGUCCCUGCAGGGUCACAGCGGCCAGGAGGGACAGGAAGGGCAGGAAAGAGCCCAAGCAGCACCCAGAGCCCUUCAACGCCACCCUGUCCAACAGCGAGGAGCUGCACGGGCAUCCCAAGCUCCUGGAGUCUCCAGACCCCCGGAUCACAGACCCCAGGAGGACCUGGAUCUCCUUCGUGCACCGCCCGGACGAUGGAAACACCUCCAAGAGGAGAUGCAAAGGGAAAGACAAGAAAUUGCGAGGCCUGGUUGGGCCCCCAGGACCUCCUGGGCCUCAGGGACCUCCAGGAGCCCCUGGGGCUGAAGUCACCAGGGAAGUCCUUCUGCAGGAGUUCAAAGAGAUUUUAAAAGAAGCCAUCGAGCGCCGAGCGUCCCUGGCCAUUUCGGCCCAUCCCAGCCAGCUGCCCCCGCUGCUGCUGUCCCUGGAGGAACUUCCAUCCCACAGGCGUGUGGAGGAGGCUUUCCACUGCAAGCUCAAAGGCCAGGUCGUGGUGGACAAGAAGACCUUGGUGGAACUCCAGAACUUCCAGUCGCCCCUGGCCAAGGGCGCGUUCCUGCGGGGCACAGGACUGAACCUGGCCACCGGCCGCUUCACCGCCCCCGUGGGCGGCAUCUACCAGUUCUCAGCCAACGUCCACAUCGACCACAGUGAGCUGAAGAGCAAAGUCCAGCUGCGAGCCAGGGACAACGUCCGAGUGUUGAUCUGCAUCGAGUCCCUGUGUCACAGAUACACGUCCUUGGAAGUCAUUGCUGGGCUGGAAAGCAACAGCAAGAUCUUCACUAUUUAUGUCCAUGGUUUGCUGCAGCUGCAGGCUGGGCAAUACACCUCCAUCUUCGUGGACAACAGUGCUGGGGCUCCCAUCACCAUCCAGAACGGAUCUGAUUUCAUGGGAAUGCUGAUGGGAGCGUAGCAGGAAGCCUGGGAAUGCCAGCCCUGCUUUUGGGACUGAAGCAAACCCCACUCUGAUCUUGAAACUGCUCCCUGUACCUGCAGCAAUUUGAAACCAGCCAAAAUCCUUUCACAGCUCCUCCAGCUUUGCUUCCAGAGGCUGCUGCUGCUUCUCAAGGUCCUCACCAGCUCAAUUCCUCAUCAGAAUUAUUCUUUUUAUCCUCCUGAAAGAAACGUUUCCUAUUUAAUUUGUGCUUCACCAGAUGCUCACGGAGCAGCACACUGAGAUUUGGGGUUUGUUACGUUGUAUUUUUAUUAUUUCACCAUAGCACUUGUAACCAGCACGGGUUUUUUGGGGAUUGGUUGGGGGGUGCUUGGGUUUGGAAAUGAAGGAUUGAGAUGGGAAAGAACAGAAAUAACGCAGUGACUCUGUUCUGUGUGGUGGGGAGGAAGGGGACAGGGAUUUUCCAGCAGAACUGCUUUUUCCAUCGAAUUAUAAAUGGUUUAGAUCUUCUCCCAGGGUCAGAAUUGGAUACAUUUGACCAGGAAUAUGUUGAAUUCUCACACAAUCCAAGGAAUCCACGGUCUGAACUCUUUAAUUGUGGUUCUUUACAUCAAAAUAUUUCCUUGAGGAUCCAAAUCCUUCCCUGCCAGUGCUUUGGGAUGGGGAAAAGGGAAAGCCAAGGGGAGCACAAACCCCUCACUGCGUUCUUACGAUUUAAUAAGAUAAAACCACGGAUUUGGGCACAAAAUCUGCAUCUUCAGAGUCCCUGGUGAGUGUGUCAGGUGUAGCCCACCGAUUGCCCAAAUCCAGUGGGAAUGGGAGCCUUGGAUCAGGCUCAGACCUGUUUGGUCACUGCAGGGAAUUAAGGAAAGAAAGCACAGGGCAGGGGUCACUCCCAGCAGCUUUUCCAGGUCUGCCUGCAAAAAACCUGGAGCCUCAAAGUGCUCCCAAAAAAAUCCAGGGAAUCUUUUCUGGAUUUCUGAGUGCAAAAGUAAAGGUGUGAGACUGAGCUUGGCCCACAGCUCCAGGCCAUCACCUCAUUUUAAGUAGAAACAGGAUGACAUUUCAUGGGAUUUGUUAUCCAAGACCUGAAAAAAUCCUUGGGAUUAAACCCCCUCCUCAUUUAAUGCCCCUCUGCAGCUUUUCCCUCCCCUCAGACUCCUGGGCUCUGAGGAUUCACCUGAGCUGAGGAAAUUCUUAUGGAAAAGCCUCAUAAAUAGAGGGGGACGAGGCCCAAAAUGGAGUCCAGCUCUGCCUGGAGCCUCAAAGUGCUGCCAAAAAAAUCCAGGGAAUUUCUUCUGGACUUUUGGGUGCAAAUAAGGCUGUGAGACCAAGCUUGGCCCACAGCUCCAGGCCAUCCUCUUGUUUUAAGUAAAAGGGGGAUGACAUUCCAUGGUGGAAAAAUCCUUGGGAUUAAACCUCCCUCAUUUAAUGCCCCUCUGCAGCUUUUCCCUCCCCUCAGACUCCUGGGCUCUGAGGAUUCACCUGAGCUGAGGAAAUUCUUGUGGAAAAGCCUCAUAAAUAGAGGGGGACGAGGCCCAAAACAGAGCCCAGCUCCUUGUCCUUGGAAGUUAUCCCUUAAAAUGCUGCCAUUUUUGAUCAGCUGCAGCAUCUUUGUGCAAUGAAGGGCCAGAAAAUGUCAUUUAUUGCUGGGUUUGUUGCAGAGGAGGAUCAAUCUGUGAGGUUUUACAAGCUCCAGGUGAUGCUGCAAAGAGAUAUUCCAGGAGCUGUGGAAGAACCUGCUGGAAAACAGGUUUUAAACUGGUUUUAAUCUCCAUUAUUAAUACCUUGAGCCAGAUCUUUGAGGGUAUAAAAGGAUAUUUUUUUUGUCUUUGUGAAGAAUAAAUUAAAUUGGGACCUGCUGGAAGAAGAAAAGGGCACGGGGAGGGAUCAAUUUGUGCUGUUGCAGGUAAAAAGUGAAUUUAAGGCCAUGUUGGAUGGAGCUUGGAGCAACCUGGGAUAGGGAAGGUGUCCCUGCCCAUGGAUUUAGGGUCCCUUUGAGCACAAACCAUUCCAUGAUUCCACGAAUUCCACUUCCCAGCCAGUGGAAUGUGCUUGUUCUGUCUAAAACACAGCAUUUACCCAUGUUUAUAAAUUCCUCCCUGCCCCACCAUAAUGCCAGAAUUCCCUUUUUGCAGCACAUUUUGGGGGAGAAAUUCCUUUUAAGCACAAACUGGGACCGGGGGGAAUGCACAGCUCUGGAAAAGCAGAGCAAGGAGCCACGAUGGUCAUUUUUGGAGCUUCAAAAAGCUGAUAACACAUGAAAUAUCACUAAAUAUCACCAAACAUCACCAACCCCUGUCAAUAAAAUGAGAUAUAAAUGAGAUAUUUCCCCUGGGUUUGAUGGAGUGAGUGCAGGCAGGGCACGGGGCCCACAUCCCAUGUUGUCUCCCUGCCCUGUGCUCUGUUCUUUGGGAAUAUUUGGAAUAAAUUUGGCCUGUUCCAGCAGCAGAAUCCCGGAGUUGUGACAUCCAGCACGUGCUGUUCCACCCCGAGGCUUAACUCGGAGCUAAAAUAUUUAUUUUGUAUAGAACUAAAAAAACCUUUCUCAGACUUUGCUUUGGGAGUCGUGGCUUUUAUUCCCCUCCUUUCCAUGCUAAGUUUUAAUCUCAUUUUUCCUGUUUUAUUAACAGGGAUAAUUAUGAAUAAUUAUCCUGCUUUUAUACCUCUUAUCCCUUAUUUUAGGGGGGUCUUCCUGCUGUUUUCCCAGCGUUCUCCUGAGAACAUCCAGCCCAAAAACUGGGAAUAAAGCCUGAAAUCUCCCUGGGCAGAAAAAAAAAAAAAAAAGAGAAUUAAAGCUCCAUCCCUGGAAUCUGUCUGGAAGCCACAGGGCCUGGAAGCUCCAGCCAGGAACAGGAAUCUUGUGUCAGAAUUGAGGGAAAAGGAGCCAAGUUGGCAGAGGGAAGGGACUUUGUGUCUCUUGGUUGAUCCUGAGGUCGCUGUCACCCCCCUGGGGGGUUCCAUCAGCUCCAUUUACCCUCAGGAGGGAGGUCUGGCCCUCCAGGAGUUUUUCUCUGCAUCACCAAAGUCUUUUAGCCAAAAUUUAAAAUGAUUAUUAUUAUUUUUAAAGGAGUUUUUUUAAAGCUGUGGAUGCUCCCAGCGGUUUUCUUGUUCCCUGGGGCUCCAGCCAGCGUUAAAAUGGGGCAAAAUGGGUUGAAACAGCAAAAAAAAAAUGACCCAAAAUUGAGUCUCUGCUGUGGAGGUGCAAGUGAAUAAAACUCCUGAGGGAUAAUGGGGUGUGAAGCAAAGCAGGCAGAAAAUUCCCAAUCCAGGAAAAGUGAAGGAUUCAGCAGUUCAGGAUGAAGUUGUUUAUAACGAAAUAAACCCCCUGAGAUUCUGGUUUGGUGGUUCAGGGUGUUCAUCCCACCCCCAAGCAAGGGGAGAAACCUAAAAAAGACAUAAAUUAAAUAUUUUGGGGUUUUUCGGGUCGUUCAGACAUUCCCUGUAGCAGCCAGGGCAGGGGGAUGGGAUCCAAACCCCUCAUUUUUGGGGUCCUGGCAGAAUAAAGAACACCGAGAGCUGCUGCAGCUUUUUUCCUUCAAAUUCCUAAGAAAUUUGGGGAUUUGGGGAAGCUGAAGGAAAAUCUCAUUUCUUCCUGGGACAAAUCUCUUUUUUACCUCAAUUUUUCAGUUCUUCACAGGAAGUUUUGCCACAGAAGCAUCCCCAGAGAGAUUCAAAUAUUAAUAAAAGCUCCCAACUUUGCCUGGGAACACCCUCAGAGGGUUUAUUGGGAGAUAAAUCAAUUAAUAUCAGGAGACAAAUCAAUUACAUUCCCUCAAACUUUGCUGUUUUCACCCUGCCUUUGCUUUUCCAGCUUCAUGUUAAAGUGAAUUUUAAAUAUCAUCCUCUGGGGCUUCUGGAAGGGUCACCAGGAGGUUUUUAUGCUGGAAUCCCUCCUAAAAAGAGCUGACAAUUGGGGUUUAUUAUCCACCAAAACUGCUGGAAAAUCCACCCAAAAAGCUGCUGAUUCAUCCCAAAAAUGCAGGGUUUUGGUGCAGGACAGAGCUGAAAUUCAUCCCUGAAUUAAUUUUCAGGAUAUCAGAGUGACCUUUCGGUGCUUUAUGGCCGCUGUUAAAUCCUGUCCUCUGUUAUCCCCAAAUCCCUGGGAUCCCUGAUCCUGUUAUUCCCAACAUUUUCUGGCUCUGGAGGGCCCAGCCCAGCCCUUCCCAGUUGGAAUCUGCAGGGAAUUCUUUAUUUCCUUCCCACAGGAGAAGCUGCCCCCAUAUUCCAGGCCCAUCCAGGGCCCUUCCCAAACAAAUCCCAGGCCCUGAGCUCCCAAUCCCAGGCAUUCCCUGGAUAUUUUCCCUUGGAGCUGCCAGGUUUUGAGGUUUUUUGAGUUCUCUUCGAGUUUCAUGUUCUGUAAACGCUUCCAAUGCCACACUCCAGACUGACUCCAGGGGUAUUUAUGUUGGAUUAGCAGAAUAUUCCCUGUUUUUCCUCACUCCAGAGGAAAGAGCCCGGCUCAUGUCAACUCCCCUUGAGUGGCAGCCUGUUAAACCACCAAAAAAUAGGAUUAUUUGUCAUUUAAAACUCCUGUUAUAAAUAGGAACAGGUUACAAAUCACUCCUCAAACAGAGGGAAAAAACCUUUCCAAGCCUCUCCUCUGGGAGAAGGGAGCAGCAGAAUUCCAGGGAAACGCUCCAGCUCCAAGGAAACCUCGAGGGGAAUUUCAAAACUCUCCAGAAUUGGUGAAAAAAGCCAAAUGAGCCCUUUAAGAUAGUUGGAUAUUAUGAUAAUGAGGAUUUAAUACAUUCUUUGUGAAGGGCAGUUUCCAAGAGGGAGAUCCAGGCUCCAAGGAAAAUCAGGGAGCUGCUGACCCUAUGAAAACGUGGAAUUUUUAUGGCUUUGUGACUCUUUUUGAUGUAAAUAAAGCAUUACAUUCCCAUUUAUUCCAGAGCUGAUUCUCACUCAGGAAUUCCAUUGAAUGCUCAGAUGAAGCUGAGGGAUCAAUGAGGGAGAAAUCCCAUGGACUGGGGGUUCAGAUGUCCCAAAUUUCCUGCGGAAAUUCGUGAAUCCCCUAAAAAACACCCAGUGGUGAAGGGAUCAAUAGGUAUUGAUAUGAAUAAUAUUGAUUAUUGGAGCUCUGUGGGGAGGAGGAGUUGUGUCUGCUGCUUUUUAAGGUAACUACGCUGAUUUUUUUUAACGUCUGGUGGGAAAAAAAGGGAAUUUUGGUGCCCUACAACCUCAAUCCCAGGCUUGGAAGGGAUUUAAUAGUUUUAUUUUCUUGUUUUACCAGCAAUUCCCAUCCAUAUUUGAGAUAAAAACCAAGAGCAUCAUGUGCAGAACAACAUCUUGUAUUCCCCUAAAACGUUCCCGUGGAUCUUGGGGCUUUUCAAGUGGGAAUUUCAGACCUCGUUCGAGGCAUUUGCUGCUUUGUUUUUAGAGCUGCUCUGUCCUUCGGGCUUGGGGGGUUUUUUUUAGCAGUGAAAAUUCGUGUUCACAGCUUGUUUGGAGUAAACAUUUGUGAGUUUAUUUAUUCA